AUGAUAAAUCGUAUUAAAAAGUUAUAUUUCAGUAGUGAUAUUAAUAUAUCAAAUUUAUUGAGAAAAAAGGCAAUUUUAUUUGAAAAUGUAAAAAGAGAAAACUGUAAAAUUGAUUUGAUUUUAAAAUAUUUUGAAUUGAAAGGAUUAAAUAUAAAAAAAGAUGAUGUGCAUAUUAUGACAAAUAUAUUAUCUAGACCAACAGGAAGAAUAAUGAUUUUAGUUGAUAAUAUGAAAAAGCAAAAUUUCAAUUUUGAUUUUGAUAAUAUUCAGAAUAAUGAAGAUAAUGGGAAUAAUGAUAGUAAAAUAGAAAAUUAUAAUAGUGAAAACAAUAAUAAUAUCAUUAAAAAUAAUGAAAAUGAUGUAAAAUUAUUAUUUAAUGAAAAUGAAGAAGAGAAAGAAGUAUACAAUAAAGCAAAUAAUAAUAUAAGUAAUGACAUAAUUAUAAAUAAAAAAUAUCAUUCCAAUUUAAAAAAUUUAUUUAUGAAUUGUAAAAUUCAUCUAUGCGAUGAUUAUGAAAUUGAAAAAUUUGUUGAAGAAUGUGAAAGGUUCUUUAGAUUUACGGAAGAUAUUAAAAGAAUAUCAAAAUUUGAAAAUUUAGAUAAAAUAGUUACUAUAAUAAAUAUACCUAAUUGUUAUGGAAGAAAAGAAUUAUCAGAAAUUAUAUAUGAGUGUGCCAAUAUUAAAGUAAAAUUAAAAAAUAUUAUAUUUAGAUUUAAAAAAAAUGGAAGUCAAAGUGAUUGUGCUUAUGUGUUAUGUGAUCAUAUAAAUGACGCAAAUAUUUUAAUAAAUAAAAUGCAGGAAUAUCCUGUUGCCAAAAAAUAUCACCUAAAAGAAUUUUAUGGAACAUCAUUUUUAUAUGCAUCAAAAAAUAAUUUGUUUAUUAGUUCAGAAAAAUUAGACUACUUAACUAUUUUUUCAAAAUACAAAAUAUUCACUUGUGGAUGGCAUAAAGAUAUAUCAUUAAAAGAAUUUGAAAACUUUUUAAUUACCCUUAAAAUAUUUCCUUGUAAAAUUAUUAAAAUUAAUUAUAAUAAUAAAGAAAGUGAUGAAAAAAUAAUAGAAUAUAAUAGUGAUGAAAAAAAUGAAAAAGAUAGUAAUAAAUAUGAAUUAAGUGAAAUAAACCACAAUCACAUAUCUAUUAAUGUUGAUGAAUUUACAACAACAACCAAUAAUAACAAUUCAUUAAGUGAACAAAAUAAUUUAAAUACUUCAUCUUUUAUUUUAUUUUUUGAGAAUAUGCGAAUGACUAAAAAAGUGUUUACAAAAUUAGAGAGGUUAAAAAAAAAAUGGAAAAUAUCCACAACCAGUAAUUUUUAUGCAUACCCUAAAAUACCUGAUAUUCACUUUAAUGAUGAAGAAAAUUACACUGAUGAAAAUGAAUAUGAGGAUUCUGAUUUAGAUGAAGAAAUAGAAUAUUAA